AAAAAAACGGGUUUUGUUCCCUGUUACACGACAUCGUGCAGAGCAGCCGCGACCGUGACGGCGAUAGUGUGUGUGUUGUUUACAAAAAUAAGCAUCGCAGGUGUUGAAGUUUAUUAGUUUCAUACUAUGAAGACGCUCUUAUAAGAUGUCUGCGGCAUUCGCUAGUGUGCCGAAAUACAAAUUGAAUAAUGGGCGGGACAUACCGGCUAUCGCCUUGGGAACGUUUCUUGGAUUUGAUGAGCAUGGUAUGACGAAGUCACAAAACAAGCAGCUGAGAAAUGUGAUCCUUGAGGCCAUCGAUAUUGGCUACAGACACUUUGAUACAGCGUCAGUGUAUGAAACGGAGGGGGAAAUCGGAGAGGCAGUCAGGAUGAAAAUCAAAGAAGGAGUCGUCCAAAGAGAAGACAUCUUUUUAACCACUAAACUUUGGAACACUCAACACAAGAGGGAGCAAGUGAUGAAGGCUCUACAAGAAACGCUUCAGAAGAUGGAGCUGAACUAUGUAGAUCUUUACUUAAUGCACUGGCCGAUUGCACUUAACGAUGACUACACUCACUCUGACGUGGACUAUAUGGAGACCUGGCGCGGUAUGGAGGACGUUCAGCGCCUGGGUCUCGCUAAGUCCAUCGGAGUUUCAAACUUUAAUAAGGAACAGCUGCAACGGGUGUUACAAGAAGGAAGUAUCAAGCCUGUUGUAAUACAGAUUGAGAUUCAUCCACAAAUAAUCCAAAAAGAACUCGUCGAUUACGCCCAAUCACAGGACAUCGUAGUCAUGGGAUUUAGUCCUUUCGGUUCACUAGUUAUGAGGUACGGCAUGCAGUUCCCUGGACCUAAGCUCGAUAACCCGGUGCUGAUGGAAAUAGCAAAUAAGUAUAAGAAAACCACACCGCAGGUCGUUCUGAGAUGGCUAGUGGACAGGAACAUUAUACCGAUACCAAAAACCACGAAACACAAGCGUUUGGAGGAAAAUAUAAAUAUAUUCGACUUCGAAUUGACUUCUGAAGAAAUCGCGAUGAUAAAUCGGUUCGACAGUAAAACAAGAUACACUUUUCCGUCGUUUUGGCAAACUCAUCCUCACUAUCCAUUUGAAAGUAUCGAAAAUCCCAUAGCGGAUCCUUUUGUUAAGAACUAAUGCUGGCUUAAAAAAUAUUAUUAAACUUGAACAUUCUAUUUUGCCCUCUCCGAGGUGGAAUUGUUCUUGUUUUUAUAAACUCCUUUACAAUUAGAAAUUACGUUAAUGAAAAUACUCAUCGAGAGCAUAUGCCUGUAAUGUAACGAAAUAUUAACUUAUAACCUUACAUUACCUACAUUACAUUCGCAUGUACGAGCGCAUGACACGUUGGCGAAUAUUCGUAUAAGUAUGUACUGAAGUUAUUCUGAUAUUAUUGUGAAUCGACGAGACUGUAUCGCGUAAUGUAACGCGCGGCGUGCAGUGUCCGUUGUAAUGUUUGCGUUAUCUGUGCACUGAUUAACUUCCUACUUUUCUUAACAGUUAUUUACGCGCGAAUGCUCUUUGUGAGUUCUUUUAGAUUUAGUUAGUGUCGUUUAAAAUAUUAGAUAUGUUUUUUGUAUUAUCGUCUACACGUUGUACGUGACAUGAACACGAAAUUACCUCAUUAUAUACAUAAGGAAUAUAAUAUUGGACAAGUUGUUUUAUUUCAUCGCUGGGCACGAAAUUAAUUAUAAGCAUAAAUUAAGCAGUGGUUCCGAGGUGGUGUUUUUUUUUAUUAAUUUUUAUAUAGAUUAUAUAUUUUUAGAUUGAUAUUUUUGGGGGUAUUAGAAAGUAUUAUUUAACUCAAAACUCACUUACAAACAUAUAUUUAGAAUAAUAAUAUAAUCCAAAAUAUAUUUAGUACGAAGAAUAUAAGGUACUUA